CGAGCGCACCCUCUCUCCCCCGCGUCCGUUGCUCUUGUAACAAGCAGGAGAGGACACGUUGGGGACGGUCUGCUCAACACCUUCAACCCGGAGAGAGAGAGAGAGUUUCCCUCCCCGCAGUGCCGGCUUGUUUACGUCCGGCCACGAUGUUUAAGAGGAGUAAUAACGUCCGGUAUCUCCUGAGCCUGGUACCGGGCAAACAACGCCUCGGGCCGUACCGGUUCCUCCCGGUCUUCUUCUGCAUCGGGGGCGUGAUGGAGUGGAUCAUGAUCAACGUGAGGAUCGGAACGGAGACUUUCUAUGAUGUCUACCGAAGAAAGCGAUCGGAACGGGAUUACCAGCAGAAGUUAGCAGAUGGAUCGGUAGUUCUUAAUGAGCCUGCAGCCAAGUGAGGGGACUAAGGACACGGUCUUGGACUAAGGACACGGUCUAGGACGUGGUCUAGGAUGCGGUCUAGGACGCGGUCUAGGACGCGGUCUAGGACUCCAGCGCUGUCCCACUUGUUUCCAACAGGCCGGACUGCCCUUCAUAAGCGUGCCUUCAAAAAGCCGUAUCACAGUUAUGAAGGAGACGAGAGUGCAAGGCUGAUGGGAGAGGCAUGCAAGUUUAUCUUUUUAAUAUGAUCUUUCAGCUUGAGAAACAUUUAACAGAAAUAAAAUGUGAAAAAAAACCUACUGGGCGUUGAAGCUCAAACUGAAUAAUCUCAUCAA